UAUAAAUUCAACUCAAAAAUGAAAUUCAGAAAAUCAUUUUCCCGCCGAAAUGUCAGAGAUCUUUCACUCACUUGUCUUGAACAAAAGGUUCGACGAUGCGACGCUGCGAGUAUUGGAAUCAGCGUUAGUUUCCAAGGACGUGAAGUCGUCGAUAGAGGUCAGGUCCGGCUUGAGGCAGUUCCUGCGGUCCGAAUCUCUCUCCGUUCUUCGAGAAAUUUCCGAGAAAAGUGCCGGGGAGAAGCUUCUGGUUCUUGAAUUUCUCGUUCGCUCCUUCGCACUUGUAGGCGAUGUUGAGAGUUGCUUGGCUUUGAGGUAUGAGGCUUUGCUUUUGCGGGACCUCAAGUCUGCGACUAAUCCAUGGCUGCAAGUUCCGUAUACAGAAUGGCUAAACUUUGCUCACCAGUCAAAAGAUAGUGGUUUCUAUUCUGUUGCAGGAAGGGCAUGUGAAAAUGCAUUGGUUUGCUUUAAGAGGAAAUGUGCUCAAGACCCAAAAACAGAUGAAGUUUACGUUACAAAGAAAUCUACUGAAGAUGCAAAAGCAGAUGGAGUAUUAGAAAAUGUGCAAGUUAUUGAACAGAUAAAGAGACUCAAGGAUUGUGCCAUGGCAUCUGCUUCUUCCCACUCUGGUACCCAGAUGGCAUUCUCAAGCCGGCUCAAUUUUAGGGCCAAAGGACAAAAGGUACUCCUACUUGUCUGUCCUUUUCCCUUUGUUUAUUUAUUUUCUAUAUUUUCUGUGCAUCUGUAUAGUUAUUUUGGCCAUGGUCUUUUGGGUACUAAUUAGAAACUUGAAAUGAACAUAUAUGUAGCUAACGGCUAGCGUGGCCCAGCUUGUACUCACCGCUUUAUUUAUUUAUUUGUCAAAGUUUGGAAGGGAAAGAAAGUAAAUUCACACACAUGGUUAUUAUGAGGGUUUGAUCUUCAGAGAAGUACACACGGGUGUUAUAGGGGCUUGAACUCAAAACUACUUAGAAACACACCAAAAAUCCUGUGCCAAUUCAACUAACAUCCCAGUGGUAUCUGCGGCUUUAUUUUCACCCCAAUAUUUUCAUUGUAUUGAGUUGAUCAUAGUGGUAAACGGUCGCAUUGGAAAUCCAACACCACUCUUUCAAGCAAUUGAAUUUGAGGUCAGUAGUAGCCAUUUGAACUCCCCCACUGUCGAGGCUGCCAUUGUCAAAGAUGGCUUCUUCUAAUAUCAUCCACCAUCUUAUAGAAAUUAGAAUAUUAGAAAGAUUAGAAAACCAUGCAUAUCUCAAGAAUCGAAUCUUCCAUAUCACCAAGCAAGUGCAUUCAAUGUUUGCAUCGGAGGUUGCAUGUUUUAUUUUUCUCUAAGUUGGUGAAAGAUGUCUGUUUUUCCUCUACUUUAUUCAUUAGCUUAAAAUAUACAAGUAAAACAAAAAAGUUUACAUAGAUCUCACCGUCUAGAGCGUAGAAGUUUUUCUUCUUCCUAGAGCUUAGGGGUUUGAAACUUCAAACUGAAAACUGAAACUUAUAUACAAAUAAUAUAAUAUAUAAAAUACGCGUUUUCUGAUAAG